CGCAUGUCCGGAUACGAGUGCCUCAUGAGAUGGAGAACAACGGUAUGGACAUCGAUCAGACCUUCACAUGCUACAAAAGUCUACCACGGCCAGCGAGUCACCUUCCCACGAGCGACGAUCCCAACGAGAGGACGAGAUGACCGAAUCCAAGUUCAGAAUCGAGACCGAACGCCUCGUCCUCACCCACCUACAACCCUCUGUGUCGAGCCAUUGCGACUUCAUGGUCAAGCUCUGGAACACUAAAGAGUUUAUUGCUUCCACUGGUGGCAAACCAACCUCCAUCACCACCACCGAAGCGGCUCGAAAGCUCAUCGAGAAUCGCUUCCAGGCCGAAUAUGCACGCAAUGGGUACGGCACCUAUCUCGUCUCACUCAAGUCACCUCCAGGAAAUGAAUCCUCCGAGGCAAUUCCACCUCCACCUAGUGAAGAAGAACCCAUUGGUACCGUCUCGCUGACUCGCGGGGCACAUCCAACCGCCUACUCCGCACCGGAUCUGGGGUUUGCGAUUCUUCCGGACUAUAUGCGGAAGGGCUACGCUCGAGAAGCAGCGACAGGACUCUUGGCGUGGGCAGAGUCUGAAUUGCAUGUGUAUGAUGUGUUGGGCCUGUGUGAUCCUACGAACGAGGGUUCCAACGGCGUGUUCAGAAGUCUGGGCUUUGUCGAUCGAGGCGUGAGAACGCUCAAGGAGUUUGGAAAUGUUCAGGGCGCGGUGUGGGUGAAACCCGGGAUGGCGGAGGAUUUGUCGGUUUAUGGCCUGUAGAAUUUCCUCGCCAACAAACAAACGGGGAGAUUUCGGUAGUAGUAGUACUAGUAGUAGUAGUAGUAGGAGAGAGAGAGAGAGAGAGAGAGAGAGAGAGAGAGAGAGAGAGAGAG